AUUCAGCCAAUGGAGGACAGACAGGGACGAGCGUGAACGUCAUUGAAUGGAAGGAGCUAAAAGCUUAGUAUGAGCUAGCAGCCCGGUUUUUAUACCUCGGUUACAUUUGACCUCUUAACGUCUAUAUUCCACACCCGGAGAGUUCCUGAGAGGUCCGCAUCAUGGGUGAACCACAGCAGGUCAGCGCCCUGCCUCCUCCUCCUAUGCAGUACAUCAAAGAGUACACGGAUGAAAACAUCCGCAAAGGUCUGGCUCCCAAGCCGCCGCCACCCAUCAGAGACAACUACAUGAUGUUCGGCAACCAGUUCCAGUGCGACGACCUCAUCAUUCGGCCUCUGGAGAGCCAGGGCAUCGAGAGGCUCCACCCUAUGCAGUUUGACCACAAACGGGAGCUGAAGAAGCUCAACAUGUCCAUCCUCGUGAACUUCCUGGACCUGCUCGACAUCCUUAUCAAGAGCCCCGGCAGCAUAAAGCGCGAGGAGAAGCUGGAGGACUUAAAGCUUCUGUUUGUCCACAUGCACCACUUGAUAAAUGAGUAUAGGCCGCAUCAAGCCAGGGAGACGCUGAGGGUGAUGAUGGAGGUGCAGAAGAGACAGAGGCUCGAGACAGCCGAGAGGUUCCAGAAACAUCUGGAGAGGGUGGUGGAGAUGAUUCAGGGCUGCCUCACCUCCCUGCCGGACGACUUGCCGCAGAUGGAGGGUCCAGAGGGCGCUGGUGACGGGGCGAGGAGUGUAUCUGUGGAGGCCAGUACUGGUUGUUCUUCUGGCCAGGCCCCCAGGCUGAAAAGUGAACCCAUGGAUGUAGAGGAAGCAGGGGCCAGCUGUAUGGCAGCGGCACAACAGGACAAGAGCAUUCCUCCUCCAAAGAGAGAGAAAAUAUGGGACAAAGAUGCUGCUAUGUGCAGUAUUAUUGAUGAAAUUGCUUAAGUUUUAUAUAUUGAGUAGUUGUUUCUUUUUUUGUACAUCUAUACUGUGUUUGUCUUUUUGCUGUACUUAGUGUAAGUAUGGAGAAGUGUGCUGUGUUUCCCACGGGGCCUGAAAUCCUGUCUGGACCUGUGUUUUAUUUUAAAUCGGUUGUGUAGAUAUAAUUACCACUUCCUGUGAAGAUAUUCAAAGAAUUUCAAUAUCACACAGAUCAACUGGGGUGCCAACUUUAAGUUUUUUGUUAUAAAACCAAUAAAAAUGUCUAAUUCCA